AGGUGGCGCCUCGGGCGGGGGCCGGUCCCUGCACCAGGUGACCUGUUCCGGCCGGGAUCCGGGCGGCCUCGCUAUGCAGCGGCGCGGCGCGUGGCUCUGGUGGCCGUGGCGGCAGCAGCAGCAGCCCCUGCUACCCGUGCUCGGUCCCCGGGCCGCAGCCAUGGUCCCCCCGAGCGGCGGGGUCUCCCCGGGCCUUGGCGGCCGCCCUGCCGGCGCUCUGCUCCUGCUGUGCUACCUGAAUUUUGUUCCGUCUUUGGGCAGACAGACUUCCCUGACAACGCUGGUGCUGCCCAGGGCAGAGCAGAGUGCGACAUACACAGACUUUAUUUAUUUUACUGCCUUUGAAGGAAGCGUGAGCAACGUCUCUGAAGUCUCGGUGGAGUAUUUAUGCUCUCAGCCCUGUGUUGUCAAUUUGGAAGCGGUUGUUUCAUCCGAGUUCAGAAGUAGCAUCCCCGUCUACAAAAAGAGGUGGAUGAAUGAGAAACACCUUCAUAUUAGCAGGACGCAGAUAGUGCGCGUGAAGUUCCCAAGCAUCAUGGUAUACAGAGACGAUUACUUCAUCAGACACUCCAUCUCUGUCUCCACGGUGAUACUACGGGCCUGGAUCACCCACAGACACAGCAGUGGGGGCUUGAAUGUCCGGGGGGAGGAGAACUUGCUACACGCUGUGGCAAAGAAUUACACCCUGCUGCGGACAGUCCCACCUUUCGAACGCCCCUUCAAGGAUCAUCAGGUGUGCCUCGAGUGGAACGUGGAUUUUCUGUGGAAUCUCUGGGCCAACAGGAUCCCACAGUGUCCUCUGGAAAGUGACGCCGUUGUCUUCCUGAACUUUCCUUAUGCCUCGAGCGGAGAAAACACAGGCAUCAUGAAGAAGCUCCUGAGGUUCCAGAACCGAGAGCUGGAGGCCACUCGGAGCCAGCGCGUGGACUACCCAGUGUUUACCGUUUCAUUGUGGCUUUAUUUACUUCACUACUGCAAGGCCAAUCUCUGUGGAAUUCUGUACUUUGUUGAUGCUGAUGAGAUGUACGGUACACCUUCUAUAUUUCUUACUGAAGAGGGCAGUUUGCAUAUUCAAAUGCAUCUUGUCAGAGGAGAAGACUUGGCUGUCAAAACAAAAUUCACCCUACCUCUGAAGGAGUGGUUCCGACUGGAUGUCUCUUUCAAUGGAGGCCAGAUAGUGGUCACCACCAGUAUUGGACAGGACUUAAAACGCUACCAUAAUCAGACCAUCAGCUUCCAGGAGGAUUUCUACUAUAAUGACACAGCUGGAUACUUCAUUAUUGGAGGGAGCAGGUACGUGGCUGGUAUUGAAGGGUUUUUUGGACCUGUGACGUACUAUCGCCUCCGCAGUCUGCAGCCUGCACAGGUCCUUAAUCCCUUCCACGAGAGGGAACUGGCUGAACAGAUCAAGUUAUAUUAUGAGCGGUGUGCUGAGGUUCAAGAAAUAGUAUCUGGAUAUGCUUCAACAGUGCAGGUCGGGAAUGAGAGACCAGAGGCGUGUGACCUCCAAAACUCCUACCUGGACCUCAGGCGCAGGUACGGGAGACCCUCUGUGUGCAGACCCUUCCCCUGGGAGAAGGAUCUAAGAAACAAGCACCCCAGCUUGUUCCAGGCGCUGCUGCAGAUGGAACUGCUGACCGCGUCAAGGAGCCAAAAUGAAUCUGUAUUAGAAAUCGGUGGGAGGAUAUUUGAGAAAGCUGUAAAAAGACUCUCAGGCGUUGAUGGUCUUCACCAAAUUAGCUCCGUCAUCCCCUUUCUGAUGGAUUCUAGCUGCUGUGGAUACCAUAAAGCAUCUUACUACCUUGCAGUCUUCUAUGAAACUGGAUUAAAUGGACCUCGGGAUCAGCUGCAGGGCAUGCUGUACAGUCUCGUUGGAGGCCAGGGCAGUGAGAGGCUGUCAUCAAUGAAUCUUGGAUACAAACACUACCAGGGUGUUGACAGCUACCCCCUGGACUGGGAACUGUCGUAUGCCUACUACAGCAACAUUGCCACAAAGACACCCCUUGACCAGCACACGCUGCAAGGAGACCAGGCAUAUGUUGAAACCAUUAGACUCAAAGAUGAUGAGUCCCUCAAAGUACAGACCAAAGAAGAUGGUGACGUCUUCAUGUGGCUGAAACACGAAGCCACCCGUGGCAACGCGGCGGCACAGCAACGACUGGCUCAGAUGCUGUUCUGGGGACAGCAAGGGGUGGCCAAGAACCCCGAGGCUGCCAUCGAAUGGUAUGCCAAGGGGGCCCUGGAGACGGAGGAUCCUGCAUUAAUAUAUGACUAUGCCAUUGUGUUAUUCAAGGGUCAAGGAGUGAAGAAGAACAGACGGCUUGCCUUGGAGCUCAUGAAGAAAGCUGCUUCCAAGGGAUUGCAUCAGGCAGUCAACGGCCUGGGAUGGUAUUACCACAAAUUCAAGAAAAAUUAUGCUAAGGCAGCAAAGUACUGGUUAAAAGCAGAGGAAAUGGGGAACCCAGAUGCAUCAUACAAUCUCGGGGUCCUGUAUUUGGAUGGCAUUUUCCCAGGAGUCCCAGGAAGGAAUCUGACCUUAGCCGGUGAAUACUUCCAUAAGGCUGCACAAGGGGGACACAUCGAAGGGACCUUGUGGUGCUCUCUUUACUAUAUCACGGGCAACCUGGAGACCUUCCCCAGAGAUCCUGAGAAAGCCGUUGUAUGGGCAAAGCAUGUAGCUGAGAAAAAUGGGUACUUGGGUCACGUGAUUCGAAAAGGCCUCAACGCCUACCUGGAGGGUUCCUGGCAUGAAGCUUUGCUGUAUUAUGUUUUAGCAGCAGAAACUGGAAUUGAAGUGUCACAGACAAAUUUAGCACACAUCUGUGAAGAGCGGCCGGACCUGGCCGGGAGAUACUUAGAUGUUAAUUGUGUUUGGAGAUACUAUAAUUUCUCUGUUUUUCAAAUCGAUGCUCCUUCAUUUGCAUAUUUGAAGAUGGGAGACCUUUAUUACUAUGGCCACCAAAACCAGUCCCAAGACCUUGAGCUGUCUGUACAGAUGUAUGCCCAAGCAGCCCUGGAUGGAGACUCUCAGGGAUUUUUCAACCUGGCUCUGCUGAUAGAAGAAGGUGCUAGAAUCCCACGCCACAUUCUGGAGUUCCUGGAAAUUGACCCAACUCUUCAUCCCAGCAACACCUCCAUACUCCGAGAGCUGUAUGAAAGGUGCUGGAGUCACAGUAAUGAAGAGACCCUGAGCCCCUGCUCCCUGGCCUGGCUUUACCUGCACCUGCGGCUAAUCUGGGGCACUGUCCUGCACUCUGCCCUGAUAUACUUUCUGGGAACCUUUCUGCUGUCCGUGUCGAUCGCCUGGAUGGUACAGCAUUUCCAUUCUGUCUCAGCCAGUGGCUCCCCUCCAGCACCAGCCUGGGUCUCGCCAGACCCUACCUCAUCCGCCGCAAGUCCAGCUAUACUUCCGGCUACAGAUGCUUCUGAUCACGACCAGCCCACAGUGGCUAACAACCUUGAGCCUAGUGGGUGAACAGUGCAUUCUGGGUCUCUCCAGCUGAGAGACAAUCCUUUCAACAGCUGGCUUGAGAAUGCUGGGGCCAGGGCAUUGUACUGAUAAAUACUUUAAAAGUCUUGUGAACUGGAUGCAGAUUUUGCACUUGGUGUCUCUUUUGUUUUUAAAUAAGGACAUGCUCAGAGCAGACUAUGGUUAUAGCAAAGGCUAUCAAAGAAAUCCAAGGAACACCUUGAUGAGAGAGGCAUGUGGGGAGGUGAGUUACUUUGGGAGCGGUAGUCUGCUUUGUGACAUAUUCUCACCAGAGGAGAGGGAUUUUCAAGUCUUAGUCCUUUGUUCAUUCCCUUUUAUUAAAGAACAGAUGAUUGUGACUUCUCCACAGGGUUGAUGAUGUUUCAGAUGAGAUUGAUGAUCAGAUUGUUGAUGUUUCCUGCUCCUGAAAGUCCAAUUGACACAUUGCUCUUUUAGUUACAAACCCAGCAGCUAGAAAGUACCUUCGAACAAAAACAAACAAAAAACAGUGUAAGCAGAGCAGUCACUGGCUUUUUGUACAUUGGUUUACAUUUUUCUCCUUGGAUUUUUCUAGAGUUGUAGUGCUUCCAAAUCAUUUGAUGACAUUGUUGGGUAUCUUCUAUGUUUCAAUCACAGUUCAUACAAUAACAUCUAGAAAAGCCUUAGUAUUUAAGUGUAGUCUUCUCCAUGAAUCACCCAUUAGAAUAGACUGGCAGCAAUGGGACAUGCAGAAAAAAAGCCUUUAGCUCAUAGUCUCUACCAUAUCCCAACCCUUAUGCCUGCCUGUGUCUGUAUAGUAGUGUGUGUGUGUGUGUGUGUGUGUGUGUGUGUGUGUGUGCUGUGUAAGACGGUCAAGAAGAGCAGAAUGUCUGUAUACUGUAUGCUGCUAGGGUAGUAAAUAAAUCAGUAAUGCAAUAUUGUGGGUCCAAACUACUCUUUGCACUACUUUAUUUAC